AUGGAGCUUAGGAGAAGUACUAGACUGAAGAAAUCAUAUAAUGAAUUAGAAUUGACGUCUUAUGAACAGGAUGCAGAACUUAAGGGGCUUGAAAAGGACGCUAAGGAUGAAAAAGGCUCUGCUUAUGAGGAAUCUUUGGGUGGACAGGUGCGCAAACGUGCUGGUGUAAAGAAACCGGUGUAUGGGAUCAUGGCGUCUCAAUCGCCUAUACUCGCGAAAUGUUUGGAUAAUGAUUGUCGUAAUGUUUCAGAAUUGCCAAGUUUACCUCGUCCCAGGUACUCUUUCAGAAGGCCUGAAAGUGUUCCGUCUACAUCGCUUUUAAAUGUGAAGAAGGACGUUUUAGAAAGAUGUAUCACUGAUAUUUCACGCUGGUGCAAUUACCAUGAACAACAUAAUGACCCUAAAUCUUCUCAUCUGAAUUCGGCUUUGUCCGCUUUAUACAUAAAGGGAGAAAAUAUAUCUACAGCAAGGAAUAUUAUCAACCAGUUAUCGCAACUGAAAGAUGAGCUCGAUAAACCGCAUGAAGAAUACUGCCCCGACGACCUGAUAGCAGUUAUUAAGCAGAACGGUGUUCUUCCACAGCAUGAACCUGAGCGGCAACUAUUGUCCUUAGCGGAGGAACAUGGCUACUCACCGGAUUGGGAUUGGGUUAGCGCACUAGCUCAGCUACAUGAUAUCGACCUUCAAGAUAUAGCAGACAUUAUUACGUCAAAACACAUGAAAAAAAGCAUGGUAGUGGGUCCCCAGGGCUCACAGACCUCGUAUAAGAACGACAUACAACAUUUAUCCAAUAAAUGGAAUAAGUUGCUGACAAGAGAGCGAAAUGUGGCAGUAUUUUGGCCCGCCAAAACGCCUAAUAGAAAAACUGGACCUACUAAUGUCAAACUUAAUUCAGAAAGCGGAAAUUCAGCGUUCACACCAUUUUCUAACAUGUCUGCCGCUUCCCUGGAUGGUAAUGUUCCAUCUUCCAACUUACCGCCAGUGGAUAAACCAAAAGAUGAGCUCCGCGACAUACCGUUAUUAUUUUAA